CCUUUGCUUUCUCUCCAUCAGCUGCAGGCGCAUACCUGCCACCCUUGCAGCAGGUAUUUCAGGCGCCGCGUCGGCCCGGGAUAGGAACUGUUGGGAAGCCCAUCAAGCUCUUGGCCAACUACUUUGAAGUGGACAUUCCCAAGAUCGAUGUGUAUCAUUAUGAAGUGGAUAUCAAGCCUGACAAAUGCCCACGCAGAGUCAACAGGGAAGUCGUGGAGUACAUGGUACAACACUUCAAACCUCAGAUCUUUGGCGACCGGAAGCCAGUCUACGAUGGGAAGAAAAACAUUUACACUGUUACGGCCUUACCCAUUGGAAAUGAGAGGGUUGACUUUGAGGUGACAAUCCCAGGAGAAGGCAAGGACAGGAUAUUUAAGGUCUCUAUCAAGUGGAUGGCUAUCGUGAGCUGGCGCAUGCUCCACGAAGCCUUGGUGAGCGGGCAGAUCCCUGUGCCUUUGGAGUCCGUCCAGGCACUGGAUGUGGCCAUGAGGCACCUGGCUUCCAUGAGGUACACCCCGGUUGGUCGCUCCUUCUUCUCCCCCCCUGAAGGCUAUUACCACCCCCUGGGAGGUGGCAGGGAGGUCUGGUUUGGUUUCCACCAGUCUGUCAGGCCUGCCAUGUGGAAGAUGAUGCUCAACAUUGAUGUUUCUGCAACGGCCUUCUACAAAGCCCAGCCUGUAAUUGAGUUCAUGUGUGAGGUGCUGGAUAUCCGGAACAUCGAUGAACAACCGAAGCCACUGACAGACUCACAGAGAGUGCGUUUCACCAAGGAGAUCAAAGGUUUGAAGGUAGAGGUUACCCACUGUGGGCAGAUGAAGAGGAAAUACCGUGUGUGUAACGUGACCCGGCGGCCGGCCAGCCACCAGACGUUUCCCCUGCAGCUGGAGAGCGGUCAGACAGUGGAGUGCACAGUGGCUCAGUACUUCAAGCAGAAAUACAACCUGCAGCUGAAAUACCCUCACCUCCCGUGUCUCCAGGUUGGCCAAGAGCAGAAGCACACAUACCUGCCCUUGGAGGUGUGUAACAUCGUGGCAGGCCAGCGGUGCAUCAAGAAGCUCACAGACAAUCAAACAUCAACCAUGAUAAAAGCAACGGCCAGGUCUGCCCCAGACAGGCAGGAGGAGAUCAGCCGCCUGAUGAAGAAUGCCAGCUACAACCUGGAUCCAUACAUUCAGGAGUUUGGGAUCAAGGUGAAGGAUGACAUGACGGAGGUGACGGGGAGGGUCCUGCCGGCGCCUAUCCUGCAGUAUGGAGGCAGGAACCGAGCCAUUGCAACUCCCAACCAGGGCGUGUGGGACAUGCGAGGGAAGCAGUUCUACAACGGCAUUGAGAUCAAAGUCUGGGCGAUUGCUUGCUUUGCCCCGCAGAAGCAGUGUCGAGAAGAGGUGCUGAAGAACUUUACAGACCAGCUGCGUAAGAUCUCCAAGGACGCAGGGAUGCCGAUCCAGGGCCAGCCCUGUUUCUGUAAAUACGCCCAGGGUGCAGACAGUGUGGAGCCCAUGUUUCGGCACCUCAAGAACACCUAUUCAGGGCUUCAGCUCAUCAUUGUCAUCCUGCCAGGAAAAACACCAGUGUACGCCGAGGUGAAGCGUGUUGGGGACACUCUCCUGGGAAUGGCCACGCAGUGCGUCCAGGUCAAGAAUGUGGUGAAAACUUCCCCACAGACCCUUUCCAACCUCUGCCUCAAGAUCAACGUCAAGCUUGGCGGGAUCAACAACAUCCUAGUGCCUCACCAGCGCUCUGCUGUCUUUCAGCAACCAGUGAUAUUCCUCGGGGCUGAUGUCACUCACCCACCUGCUGGAGAUGGGAAGAAACCCUCUAUAACAGCUGUUGUGGGCAGCAUGGAUGCUCACCCCAGCCGGUACUGUGCCACGGUGCGUGUGCAGCGUCCUCGCCAGGAAAUCAUUGAGGAUUUGUCCUACAUGGUAAGGGAGCUCCUCAUCCAGUUCUACAAAUCCACGCGCUUCAAACCCACCAGGAUCAUCUUCUAUCGUGACGGUGUUCCCGAGGGGCAGCUCCCACAGAUCCUUCACUAUGAGCUCCUAGCAAUCCGAGAUGCCUGCAUCAAACUGGAAAAGGAUUACCAGCCUGGCAUCACUUACAUCGUUGUCCAGAAAAGGCAUCACACCCGCCUCUUCUGCGCAGACAAGAACGAGAGGAUUGGGAAGAGCGGAAACAUCCCAGCAGGAACAACAGUGGAUACAAACAUCACCCACCCUUUCGAGUUUGACUUUUACUUGUGCAGUCAUGCAGGCAUUCAGGGUACGAGCCGGCCCUCCCAUUACUACGUGCUCUGGGAUGACAACCGGUUCACCGCGGAUGAGCUGCAGAUCCUCACGUACCAGCUGUGCCAUACCUACGUGCGCUGCACCCGCUCGGUCUCCAUCCCAGCCCCGGCUUACUACGCCCGGCUGGUGGCGUUCAGAGCGAGGUACCACCUCGUGGACAAGGAGCACGACAGUGGCGAGGGCAGCCAUAUAUCUGGACAGAGCAACGGCAGAGACCCCCAGGCCUUGGCAAAGGCUGUGCAGGUUCAUCAGGACACUUUACGUACCAUGUACUUUGCUUGAAAGCCUAACUUUUGUUACCUCACUCAAGAAAGCUUUCAGAUUUGUAGGAGCCAUACAAAAAAGGAAGCAUUGGGACACCUUGUUUUUUUUUUUUCCAAUGAGAAAUCACUGCAGGGCAGGCAGCGUCGGUUCGAGGCAGGAGACCAGCACCACCGGACAGGAAGAUCCAACACCUUCGUAGGAUUGGAAGA